UAGUACAGCUGGAAUGUGGAAAAGACAUUUUAAUUAUUUUUAACGUUUUGUCAAAGUUUUUUUGCAACUGUCAUUUUGUUAAAAUGCCUUAUUUUGUGAUAAACGGUAAACCAGAUUGUCCAAAUUUUGCACAUGCUGCUUUUGUGGCUCAGUAUUUGUCGGAGAAGCUUCCGAAUUUUGCUUACAAGAAAAUCGAGAUGGCACCUAGGGAUUGGGCGUUAUAUUUGGACGAAUUAAAUAGAGCAAAUAAGUGGCAUAUGUGUGAAAGUCCAGUAAUAUGGAAGGAGCUGUACAUGUGGGGUGGUAAAAAGUAUCUUCUUGGUGGACUUAGUGAAUUUUGGGAACACGUUUACUGUUACUAUGGACUUGAAUCCCUUAUCCCUAAACAUUCUCUUCAAGAGCUGGCUGCUGAUAAUCUAAAAUUUUUUAAAGGUAAAAGAAGGUGCGAGUCCAGAUCUUUUCAAUUUAUAACGAUAUUGGGUGCUGCCAAUGCGGCUACGGCCCUGCUCAUUCAAGAACUCAUCAAAAUCAAGGAAUUAAAAAAAUGCGGAGGCAUAAUUUUCAAAUUUUACGAGCACUGGCAGUUCAUCGAUAAUGAAACUUAUCAACAAAUGAUUGAUCUUAUUAUGUAUUUUAAUGAGUUGAAAAUAUUCGGGUGUCAUAAUUUGAUAGAACUUUGCGAAAGUUCGGAUCAAGCCAUAGGAAAUUCUGAUAUCAUAAUUUGUUUGGAGGAUUUCAGUCAACAAAAAGAACUAGACCCCAUAAAGAAACUAGAUCGCUGCAAUUAUAGAAUGAAAAUCUUCGCUGACAUUCUAAUGGCUCUUGGAAAGCGUGAUGCCAAAAUAAUCUUAGCCAAUACAGGACCAGUCUGCUAUAUGGCCACGUGUUUGUGGACGGCAUCCUUCGGUCAAUUUCCUCAUAUAGUUGCUGUGACAGCCGACCAAGCUUUUCCAUAUAUAACGGCCGUUUCCGAAGCAACAGGAGUCCUGGUCAGCAGUAUUUGCGCUCCCGCUGUGUGGGGAAACAUUGGCUUAAACUGUUUCGUUGACGUGAAGAAUAUGCUAUACAAGGCCGAUAUGUAUCGGCCAUAUAGAAGUAGUCUAACUUCUCCCAAGGGCUCCACAUUGCCCCUGGGUACUGUCAAUUCAGAAAUAAGAUUAAUGUCUUAUAAAAUAAAAGAUGUAGCAGCUAUUAAGAAGAAGGUUGAAGAAGGAAGUAAACUGAUGUACGAAACCUUAGGACGCCAUCCUAUUUUCAGUAAAGUAAGAGCGAUAGUUUCCCUUAUGAAACUGUGGUAUGCCGAGGAAGUGGGAGAUGAAAUAAUUUCUUUAGGAAUUCCGUCGAAUGGUUCUUUUAAAAUACCAGAGGGCAUCGUGUUCUCCCAGCCAGCCAAAUUAGACGAGCAGUCGAGAAAAUGGGUGCCAUAUGCGCACUACCCAUUGAUGGACCAUGCAUCCAAAAAACAAAUUAAAAAAUGUAUCACCGAAACGAGACAAAUUCUUGAAGACCGUGCUGUCUCGGUAUAUGCCGACGAUUCCUUCGACGAUGAUUCUUUCGAUUCCGAAAAGUUCGCGGACGAGGAGAUGGGUGAAGAGGAACAUGAGGAAGAUUUUGUUAGUGUAUCUAAUGAUUCUGAAGCAUAA